AUGGACUCGCUCACUCUCCCUUUCCCCACCCUUCCCUCCGCCACUCACCGCCCAAUUUUCAAUCCACGCGCCGCUUUCGGUUUCCGCUGCUUCCACACCUCGGCUCAUCUUCCAACGCUUCGUGGCUCGCCGCUUUUUUCCGCGAACACACUCACCGCCAAUUCCGUUCCGCCAAAAAAUGGUGUAUACACUGUCGGUGAUUUUAUGACAAAGAAAGAUGAAUUACAAGUAGUCAAGCCCACAACAACUGUGGAUGAAGCUUUGGACUCUCUUGUUGAACACAGAAUAACUGGUUUUCCUGUGAUUGAUGAUAACUGGAAGCUAGUUGGUGUUGUUUCUGAUUACGACUUGUUAGCACUGGACUCUAUUUCAGGUCAUGGGAAAACAGAUAAUAGCAGCAUGUUUCCAGAAGUUGACAGUACCUGGAAAACUUUCAACGAGGUUCAGAGGCUACUGAGUAAGACUAAUGGAAAGGUGAUUGGUGAAUUAAUGACCACUGCCCCAAUGGUCGUUCGGGAGACCACCAAUCUUGAGGAUGCUGCUAGAUUGUUGCUGGAAACAAAGUUUCGACGCCUUCCAGUUGUAGAUGCUGAGGGAAGAUUGGUUGGGAUUAUCACAAGAGGAAAUGUUGUAAGAGCUGCACUUCAAAUGAAACGAGAAAGCCAAAAGAAAGCAUGA